UUUUACAUUUCAACCGGCUGAGAACUUUACUAUUUUUUAAAAACCAUCGCCAUUGGAAUACAAAAAUUUGAUUUGUUGCAUUAGGUACAGUUUGAACCCUUGCUAAAUUUUAAGUGAUUUUAAAUCGAUAAUCGGGUCACCAUGAGUGUCAUUCAAGAAGAUACCAAGGCUAGUGUACUCAGCGUGGUGAAGCCGCCACCGAGUUGGGUCGAAUGGUGCGAGCGGAAUGCCAAGCCGAUCCAACGUCGUCUGAUCCAGGAAAAGCGCUACCUAACCAGAUGGCAGAUUCCCGGACCUAUGAAGAAGGCGCAGUGGAAGGAGUUCUACGAGUGGGCUGCGUCCAGAGCCAUGCCAAAGGAACUGCCGGAGCCGGUUAAACAGCCCAUACCUUGUCUUGAAAAGAUCUUGCCUUGCGCCCGAAAGCCACGCGCCAUCGAUCCGGACGAGUUUCAGGAGAAGGUGGCCAAGCUGGCCACGCCACUGGAACGGAAAAUGACGCCGAAGCAUCAGUACAUCAAUCCGGACCAUCCGUACUCCCCAAUAAUUGUCUGGGGUCAGCCACCACUCCAUGACAAAGGACGACCCUUUAAGCCGCCACCGAAACCCUGCUGCUUCUUUAAUGCCGACAUCGAGGACAAAUGGUGGGCCGAACUCCGCUUUCCCAUCCGCAAGGCUGCCCUCAAAGCCACGAUAACUCCGCGCAUUCUAAGCCUCUCGAAACCGAAGAUCACGCCUCAGUUUCCGCCCCAUUGCUAUCAUCCGGAUCAUAUCUACGAUGUGCUGAAUGUCAAACCGCCACGGAGGAAGAAGUUUACUCCCCAGGGAUGGCGUCUCCACCAAAUCAGAUUACUUUAUCUAUCGAAGCCUGUGUCCCGGCCCGAAUACGAGUAUUUUUAUAUGUAAUGCCAUGUUAUAUGGCACCCAAAGUUACUGUUUCCAUUCCGUAUAAUUGUUUUUGACCUUAAAUAUAUGCUUGAUGUCUAACGAUUCAUGUAAA